GCGUCGAGUCUAGUCACGUGUACGUUUGGCACGCAUGCAGACCGGUUCAAGGACCGUUUGUUGACACAUUGUUAUUUUUUCUCGGAACUUUUUCCGGGUGAGUGUUAUGGUGUUAUCACAAAGAACCUACACACAUAAUGGUUAUUAACAACCCAGGCUUAUUUGCAUAUAAUGUUGGCUGAGAUGCGGUCUGUUGUGCGCAGUGUACGUGUGUGCAACAAGUUUGGCAACACAACAAUAUUUCAGCUGGCGAAAUAUUACUUCACGUUCACAUAGGAUGAUAGGCCCCAGUAGUAGUAUACUAGUCUGUACACUAGUCACUAGGCCAUGGAGCACUUCCGGAAGACCGAGCUAAAUUUCCAUUUCCUUUGCGUACAAUGAGGCAAAAAUUGUACUUGGUAAGGCUAUUGUGUAAGCUUUAAAGCAAAGAUAAACAUCAAGAGACAAUGACUGAAUGUCAUGAAUGUUAUCAAUGUGAACUUGGCCCAUUGUUAUCAGCAUUUUUGAACCUACAUUGUUGACCUAAGAAUUGUGUGGCGUACUUUAAUUGUGCGAAAACACAUUACACAGUUGCAUUAAAAUAUGGCCAAUAUAAAUUUCCUGGACGAAACCCUGAAUUACCUGGGUAGAUAUGGCCGCUACCAGGUGACAUGCGCCCUCAUCAUUAUGACCGUCGGCAACUGGUUCCCCGCCUGGCAUUUAAUGGGGAUCAUUUUUACGGCCGACAGGCCUGUGGAUUACCGGUGCACGACGGGUCUCGAAAGCUCUGGUCCAGGUGGAAAUAACUCCAUCAUCAGCAAGCAGGGCAUUGUGGGAACUGUGGCGCCCACGUACGGGCUUUGGUCUGGCGAGAAUGCGACAGGAAAUUCCCUAAAUCUGACUGACGAUGAAUGCACAGUAGACAGAACCGAUGAUCCGUGCACGGAAUGGCAGUAUCGCACACAGUACGGCGAAACUACUAUUGUCACAGAUUUGAACCUUGUCUGCGAGCGAAGUCUUCUCCCCGAGACCGCGCAGUCUGUUUUCUUGGUUGGCAUGCUCGUCGGCUCCUUGCUCUUCGGUUUUCUCUCGGACACAUUCGGACGGAAGCGGGUGUUGUUGUCGGCAUGCUUGGCCCACGGAGUUUGCGGCAUCGUGGCCGCGUUCGUCUGGAAUUACCCGGGGUUUGUCACUCUGUGGUUUCUCAUUGGGAUGUUCUCACAGGCUUACAACCAGGUACAGUUUGUGAUCGUCAUGGAGCUGUUUCCCCCCGAAUGCCGCACCCUGAUGGGAAGUCUCAACAACAUGUUCUGGGGUCUAGGCGUCAUCACGUUGACCCCUAUCGCUUACCUCCUGAAGGAUUGGCGUCAUAUGCAGUUGGCUAUAUCCGUACCGUGCCUCGUGGCCAUCCCAUUGUGGUUUGUACUGGACGAUUCUGUGAGAUGGCUGCUUGCAAAAGGACGCCAAGAUGAAGCGCUGCAGAUACUGAACAAGAUGGCGCGCUGGAACAGAACAGCGCCCCCUACAGGUGGAUUUGUGUUAAGCCAGGAGGACGAGCAAGGCGUUGUGCUCGACAAGGACCGAGACGGAGAAACUUCGGAGGUUGCCGCCUCCCAGCCUACCGAGCCCGAGGAGAAGAAAUCUUGCACUUAUUUUGAUGUGCUGAAGAGUCGGAGAUUGUUGUUGAACACUAUCGUCAUCUAUUUCUGUUGGUUUGUAAGCAUGAUGACUUACUACGGAGCCUCCUUAAACAGCUCCCACCUCGCCGGCAACAAGUACGCUAACUUCUUCUUCCUGGGACUGGCCGAGAUCCCAGCGUUCUUCAUUAUCCACUUUGCCAUGACAUGGUGGGGUCGCCGGCCAUCCAUGGGUUUGUUUUUCCUCAUUUCUGGACUUGCAAGUAUCGUCACUGCCUUCCUACCUAAACAGACUGAUGCCGGGGCUGAUUUGACUGUCGCGAUCGUCGUCAUGGCGAUCCUUGCCAAACUCUGCAUCACUUGUGCCUUCUCCAUCAACUUGAUAUUUUGCUCCGAGAUCUUCCCGACGCCAGUCAGGAGUAUUGGUUUUGGGAUCGGUGCAGUCAUUGCCAACAUCGGUACAGUCAUCGCACCCUUUGUCUUAUAUUUGGGUGACUUUGCCUCCUUCCUCCCACUGACAAUCUUCGGCGGCCUGAGCCUUGCCGCUUCCGUCCUCGUCCCCCGCCUUGCCCGAGACCAAGGACAAACCCCUGCCAGAAACUGUAGAUGAUGCCAAACACCUGGGAAGGAGGAUGCAACCCAGAAAGACCAAUCGACAAGAUGAAAGAGGGAAUAAAGACGAUAAAUGCCAGACAGACUUUGCGGAAGAGGAGGAUGCAUUGUAAAGGAGGCGUCAAAUCACAAGUCCCUGAUGUCCGUCGCAAGUCCGUCGCAAGCCAUCAGAAGCCCAUCACAAGUCAUGCAGUCCCAAGUCAAGUCACAAGGUAUGCAAAUGAAUUGUGACAAAUGCAUUCCUUUGUUUAUUGUUGUGGCCAGACCUGUGACCAGACUGAUAAGAGAAUUGAAUAAGAGAGAUCUUGAAUGAGAGAGAUGGACUUGUGAUGGACUUGUGAUGGACUUGUGAUAGACUUGUGACUGGAUUUGUGAU